AUGAAUGCCAGCGUUGGUGACCAUGAUAUGCCUAGUCCGAGCGAAGCAGCUGUUCCGCACUACUUCGUGGAACUGAAUGAGCACUAUCUAAAGGACUUUGAACAAUUCAGCUCAUUGUGUUCGUUAGAUGAGUAUGAGCAGCUCCUGUAUCUGCUAGAGGAGAAAUUUGUAGCAGGUCGGGUAGCAAUUCCCCCCGGAGAUGUGAUUGUUGUCCUAUUGACGCUGGCAACAGCUUCGUCGCAUUACAAGGCGGACUUCGUGCGGGCAAAUGAUCCUUACAAUGUUGGUAGGACGGAUAUCGCUCACCGUAGCAUGCGGCUCCUGUCUAGAUUGGUGGAUGCUGUGGAGGAAUUUGACGACCGUCGAUAUAUGAGGUUUGAGCUAGAGCUGCUGCGGUGUCAGCUCUUCCUGUUUCUGGAUAGCAUUGUGCCCAAACGGCCAGAGGUGACGAUCGCCAAACGGGUGCGAACGCAUGGGAAAAACCAGCCCACCGAUAUCCCAUUCGCACCGGACGAAAUGCCACUAUGUGUGGAUUCGUUGCGCUCUGCGAGUUACAAAUAUGUGAGCGUGCUGGAAACCAAGAAGGCAGUCUUUCAGAAUGUGCUACUCACACAUGUUCUGUCGCAAAACGGUGGAUUUUGGAACUGCGUGGCAUGGACCCUUUCGACGAUGAUUGAUAAAGAUGCGGUCAAGAACUACUGCGGUGAGACAUGGUUCCCAAUUGUGACGUUUCUCUUCCGCUUAUAUGAACUUCGGCAUGCAUAUUAUAUGCAGUAUGAGAUGACGCAGGGGAUAUCAUCAGCAGCUUACACAAAGGAAUUGGCAGACAGCCCUCUGGUGCUUCUGUUUAAGUCGCUAGGCAGUAAUAACGUGCACAUUACUUUGUGUGACUACUUAUUUGUGAAUUGCGGGAAGAACGUCGGUAGGGGCGAGGCUCGUCCGGUUUACCACUCGGAACUCAAGCUCAGCGCGACAUAUGUUCCAUUCUGCAAACCAAGCACGGAGUGGAAGCUAUUUAAGUCUAUGCAGCUGCGCCGGCGCAUUCUCAGUUGCUACUUCAAAGUUCUUGCGGACAUUCCGAAGGAUCACAGAAUAAAACCUUUCUCAGAGGACCAAAGCAUAAAAUAUAUGGUUCGGACAUUGCUAGAACUCGAAACAGUAGAAAUGUUUCAAGCAUUUUUCUUCACAGACGACCUAAAGAUUACUAUGCAUUAUCUGCCCCUUCUCGCAGAACAUAUCAUUGUUGUAUUAUUAGAAGAUUGCGGCAAGGCCAUUGAAUCAACCCUUGUCACUAAUCUAGGAAAUUUGGAUGUUGUGAUUGAGAAUAUUGAAGAGUAUCUGGAAAUGCGACCAGUAGACUGUUCAAAUGCCAUAGGGUUACAUAAGACGGUUUUUUAUAUUGAUACAUGCACUCUGGUGCUUAUCAAGUAUGCCAUUCUUCUCCACGGUACCGACGUAUUAUUAACUGGAGGGUUAGAUAUGGUGCUCAAGAGAUUUUUCAAAGAAGAAUCAAAGCUUCUGGAUACAGGUUCUCUGGAGCAUGAUUAUCCACGCCUAUCCCCAUACUUGAAAAUACUGUUUAAUGUGUAA